AUGAUGUCCGUGAAGCCAGAGAAGAAAAAGGACCCGACGUCAAGGCCCUACCGGUGUCCCAUGUGCGAUAAAGCCUUCCACAGACUAGAGCACCAGACGAGACACAUUCGAACCCACACCGGGGAGAAACCUCACCUGUGCUCGUUUCCAGGCUGCAACAAGCGGUUUUCGAGGUCUGAUGAGUUGACAAGACACUCGAGAAUCCACACAAACCCAAACCUGCGGAGAAAUAAGAAUUUGUCCAAGAGCUCGGGCGCAACCCCCGCUGGUGCUAAUUCUGCUACUUCUGCCACGUCUGUUGCUGGUGGCUCCGUCGGGUCGUUUGGUGCCAGUGCCAAAACAAGCACUGUCUCGGGCCCUGGAACCGCUGGGUCACCGCCUUCCCCGGCCCUGCCUUCCCUUAACAGAUCCACACUUCCGUCAUCCUCCUCAGUAUCUACAAACGGCCAUGCAAAGGCCUCCCCACAGCUAGCAGCACACCAGCGUGCUCCUGGAUCCUCAAUAGCAUCGCUCAUGAACGACAGCGAUUCCCAGGAGAAACCCGUGCUAGCGCCGGCGUUAAACUCCGAGUCUUCCUCCUCCUCAGCGAACUCUCUCAGAGGUGGUUAUAUCACUAAGACAGCAGAUAGCCUGCCUCAAAUCCCUCCUGCUGCGCCAGAAAUCAAAAAGGAGCAGACUGAGAUCAAGAACUCCCCAAGAGUACGGCCAAGACCCAAACAGCUGCGCUCGACAAUGAGCAUUGAUCUUUUGGCGCUGGCGGCCACGGAAGAGCUCAGGUCCUUGGAGAAGUUCUCCCACCCUCCUUCUGUCACUGGCGAAGUGCCGGCAAACUCUCGCUCUCUCCCGUCGCUAACAGACUACUUCAACUCUGGCAAAAUACAUAAGUUUGCCGGUCUCGACGCCUCCAUGUCUUCAAAUAGCUUGCAGUACUUAUCUAGCGUGGCUCUCAACACCUCAAACGCAAAUAAUUCUAGCAGCUACACCACGCUUUCCAAAGCACACAAGUCCCACCUCAAUACUCUUCUGGCGUUGCAGAAAAUGACCCCGCUUAACAAGAAUCAUGUUCAUCAACCCACCCCGUCGAGAAACCACAUAAUGGAAGAUUCAGACUUGGACUAUGUCCAGUCCAGAUUGAAAAAGAACAGAGCUAGCUCGCCCCAAAGCAACUUCACGUUGCCGAACUCUCCGGUUCUUGGCCUCUCGACUGCAACAACACCUAUUCUUUCAGCAAAUAACUCUUCUACAAAUUUGUCAGGCUUCUUCAUGACCCCGGCUCAAGCCACUCACAGUAAUGUGUCGAACAAUUCGACUUCGUCGAUGCUUGAUAGGCAAACUUCGAAUCCGGUGGCCAUCCGUCAAAUGAAUACCACUCCUCCCUCUUCCACAGCGUCGGCUUCUGGAGAAUCUGGGGAGUCGCCGAUGAACGUGGAUCAGACAUCUACCAAUCUUCCACCAUUGCGAAGCCUCAAUCUUGAUUUACCUUCCAAUUUGGCCAUGAAUGAGACAAAGCCUUUAAGGUCAACGUUUCAUCAAUUCUCGUCAGGCUCAGAUAACUAG